ACUUUACCAAUUCGUUAAGCGUGUGUCUAUAAUCGCGCUUUUGACUGAGGUCUUAACAUUGUAUUAGGUUAAAGGAUGCCGGUUGUUGAUUAUUUAAAUAUUAGAUUUGCAAACUACAAUAACAUCCCGUUAUUUAAUAAUAUUUAAAACUAAUAAAUACGUAGUACUAGUUUAAAAGUUUGCAUAUUUGUCUCUUUUUGGGAGUACUCGGAGUAGUACUGCUACUAGUACUACUAUUACUAUUAGUAACUAAGUGACACUAACAAACCUAGGAUAAGUAUUUGACAACGACAAUGGUUGGACAUAAUAGUAAUACUCUUGAAUACUGUGAUGACGAAGUACUUUUUAACAGCAGAUGUGAAUCAUGGUGUGUUAUAGCAGACAUCGAGCUGCAGAUAGAUAAAUCUGAUAAUUUGUAUUUAUGUUGCUGCACAAGAUUUAUUGGUGUUGAAGAUCGAGGACUUUCUAAUGUAACAAAAUAUGGCGAUGGUGACAAAAACCAAUAUUUAGAUGCUCUGGAUAGCCAUUCCUCUACCAAAAAUACCCUGAUUUUGUCUGAAAGAAGUGAAGAACCCAUUACUUUUGAAGGAGAAUUUGCUGAUGAUGUGAAGUUGAUGAGAGAGAUGGGUUUACCGCUAUCAUUUGGUACCUCCAAAAAACUUCAUUCUGCAGAUUAUGGUGUAAAGAAAAAGCAAAGAUAUGGAAAUAGAAAAAAGACACUAACCACUGGAGGAAGAGAAGAUGAACUAUAUGAAGGUGAGCUAGAAGCUCUUCUGGAUGAAGAUGAAAAUCCUCUUGCUCUCAGUGAUGAAGAAUCACACAUUAAUAAUAUUAAUGAAGCUUACUCCUCUGUAUCUUAUGAAGAUGGUAGAGAGUUUAAGUAUUCUGAAGAUAUAUAUAAGGCAUGGGAACUGUACUGGACCGAGUAUGGAGAAUUAAUUUUAUGGCAAACUUGGGUAGAGAAGUAUAACGACUAUUUAAGCCCAGACUAUAAUGGCCAGCAACUUAAUUGUAACAAAAAUCAUAAAUUUUUGAGUUUGGAUAAAAAGCAGGUUGAUUGUUCUGUAGAUAAAACCUAUUCUCAAGUGGGAUAUAGUGAAAAUAAUUACUGUAAAACCAACUUGAAGCAAGUAACUUCUUAUGGAAUUCAAACCUGUGCUAGUUCCAUGACUAGUGAUUGUUCUAGUUGUGAGACCCAUGAAAAUCAAGCAUGCAUCAGUUGUGAAAUUACUGGUUCUCAGAUGUCUGAGCCGAAUACUUGUACUAAGGAGACAUCAAACAACUUAUCUACUUGUUUUGGUGCAGGCAUGUGUAAUAAUAACCAGUGCACGAAUGAAGAUGUUACAUCAUCAGAUAUGGCUAUUAAACUUUGUCACUGUAAGAGUUCCUUAAUCAGCCAAGAAUAUUGUUCCAUUGUUAGUGGUAAAGAAUGUGACAAAAAUAUUUGUGUACCAAAUCUUGAAAAUUUGGAAGACUGUAGUGAGUUUGACAGUUUUCAAGGAACUGGACAUUUAGAAGAUGGUGCUGAUACUCACAAUGCUUGGGAAGCUUUAUGGGAAGCUCAUUAUACAGAACUGUAUCAACUUACUUAUUUACAGUUUGUUGAAAAUUACUGGAAAGAAAAACAAUUAGAUACAGAUGAUUUAGUUUUGAAGGCAUCAGAAGUUGGAUCUCCGAAGACUUCUACUUUAGAUACAGAUGAUUUAGUUUUGAAGGCAUCAGAAGUUGGAUCUCCGAAGACUUCUACUUUAGAUACAGAUGAUUUAGUUUUGAAGGCAUCAGAAGUUGGAUCUACAAAGACUUCUACUUUAGAUACAGAUGAUUUAGUUUUGAAGGCAUCAGAAGUUGGAUCUCCAAAGACUUCUACUUUAGAUACAGAUGAUUUAGUUUUGAAGGCAUCAGAAGUUGGAUCUCCGAAGACUUCUACUCCUGAAAUUCAGUGUUCUCAGGAAUGUGUUGAAAACUUCAAUACACUUCAGUUAUGCUGUGGUAGUGUAGAAGGAAAAAUAAGUCAGAAAUUUACCAAAUGUAAUUAUGAUGAUAUCAUUAAGAAAGACAGUUGUGCUAAGGAAGGUGCUGAACAGAAGACUGCUGCAGAGGACACUGAACAGAAGAAUAAUGAGGAUUGCUCUGAACAGAAGACUACUGUAGACAACACUGAUCAGAAGUAUGAUGAGGAUUGCUCUGAACAGAAGACUGCUGUAGACAAUAUUGAUCAGAAGAAGAAUGAGGAUUGCUCUGAACAGAUUGUUGUAGACAACAUUGAUCAGAAAAUAAAUGAGGAUUGUUUCGAACAGAAGACUGCUGUAGACAACAUUGAUCAGAAGAAUAAUGAGAAUUCUUGUAAACAAAUUAUUCUAGACAACUCUAAUCAGAAGGUGAAUGAGGACUGCAAUGAACUAAAAACUGUUGCACAAAGUAGAUACCAAAAGGGUAAUGAUGUCAGAUUUCAACCAAAAAGUUAUACAGAUAGUACUGUCCAGAGGAGUAAUAAGAAUUUAUGUGAACAGAAAAGUAAUCUAAGCAUCAAUGAUAAGAAGAGAAUUGAUUAUUUUUAUGAACAAAAUAGUAACGUAGACCUCAACUGUAAGUGUUGUACAAUAUAUAAUAAGGGCAGUUGUUACUGGAAAAAUGCUAAAGAUGUGGAUGAACAAGACACCUUGAAAGAAAGUUUUGAUGAUAAAGGUACUAAAGAUCUUAAAAACAACUCAGGUAUUUGUGAAGAGAAGAAUAUCAAAAAUUACUAUAGUUUAAAUGAAGACAGUAUUUUUAAAGGUUUUACUUGUGAGGCAAACAAAUGCUGCACAUUUGAGGUGUGUGAAGGAGAAUCAGACACUGGAACUAAAACAGGUUCCUCUAAAAGUAUAGCUACUAAAGAAGAUAAGGUACAAGUUCAACAAAAAGAUUCUGAAAGCCAUAGUCGAGGACAAACAGUAAGGAGUAACAGUGAUGAAGAUGGUAAUGAACCUCCUGAUGAACGACCCAUCAAGUUAAAGAGAAGUCAUGAACAAAAUGAAGAAACUGGAAUGGGAGAAGCAGAAAAGAAACUACUUGAGUUAGGGUUUUCUUUCUUCUCACCAAAACACAGCAGCUGUGACCCUUCUCUACCAAAAAUUGUCCGAACAUUUUUCAGAAAAGAGAUUAGACCCAUGCACUGCAAAAAGAAAAAGUCUUCUAAGAAACCAAUGCACUUAAGGUUUGAUGAAGAAGGAAACUCCAUACAUCCUGAAGUUGACUGUCAGCUUCCGGAAACAUUACAUUCUGUAACUGAGAGAUGGAACAGAAAACUGAGUAGUCAUACUGAAGGAGAUAUUCCCAUCGAACCAAGCCUUGUUUCACCAUCUUCUCCAGAUCAUUCACACUUCACUGAAGAGGAUAUUCCCAUCAAACCAAGCCUUGUAUCACCAUCUUCUCCAAAUCAUUCACACAACAGUGCAAAAGAUAUUCCCAUCGAACCAAGCCUUAUUUCACCAUCUUCUCUAGAUCAUUCACACUUCAGUGGAAGAGAUAUUCCCAUUGAACCAAACCUUGUGUUACCACCUUCUCCGGAUUGUUCAUGUGCCAGUAGAGAAAAAACACUAACGUCUAUAGUGGGUACAUUUACUUCUGUAAUUGAAAGUAUUUCUAGUCUUGGUGAAAACUCUUCAAAUUUAAGCCAAACCUAUUAUAUACCUACAGUAAGUGAUGUAUUAGGCUUAGGUAAAGACAUACCAUUAGCUGGCAGUAGUAUUUCAAGGACUUGUGUAGGUAAAGAUGUGGAAGAAGUGAGUGAUUACAACAAACUUAGUAUCGACAGUGACAUUGCAUUGUCAGAAGAAAACCAUAGUGUAAGUAAUGAUGUAGUUUUAAAAAAGAUUCAAAACUCUGUUAAAAAUAAAUCAACUCCUGAAAGUUUGGGUCUUGACAUAAAAACAACAACAUUUGUAAAUAAAAACUGUGCUUCUAGGGAAAGUAAUAGUGUAAAUCCAGCCACAACAAAAGUUGGAGAUGAUCAUAGGACUGUAAGUACUGACAUUAGUAAAAUAACAGAUAAAACUGAUGGUGUGGAAGUAUCCAUUGAACCUACACUUACCAGUGAAGUACCUUGGGAAAAUACUAAUUCUACUGAUCGUAACCUAUUUUAUACAAAUGAAACAUUGCAAGAUGCAGAUGUCACACAGGAAACCCAAAAAAGAAAGAAAAAGAAAUCAUCCCAAAAAAGAUAUAACCAAGAAGACUUCCAGAUUCCUCAAGAGAUUCAAGCUACUCCAGAGCUUUCAAAGUACUGGGCUCAACGAUAUAGAAUCUUUUCACGUUUUGAUGAAGGAAUCAGACUUGAUUAUGAGUCUUGGUUUUCUGUAACACCAGAAAAAAUUGCACAUCAUAUUGCCAAGAGAUGUGCAUGUGAUGUCAUUAUUGAUGCAUUUUGUGGAGCAGGAGGAAAUGCUAUUCAAUUUGCUUUCACUUGUCAAAAAGUGAUAGCCAUUGACAUUGACCCAGGAAAAGUUGCUUUGGCUCAACACAAUGCUGCUGUUUAUGGUGUGCUUGACAAGAUUGAGUUUGUUGUAGGUGAUUACUUCCACCUCAUUCCCACAUUCAAGGCAGAUGUAAUUUUUCUCAGCCCUCCAUGGGGAGGUCCAGAAUACUUGGAAACCAAGACUUAUGAUCUCAAUACCAUGAAGCCAAAUGGAUAUCCUUUUGUAUUUUUGAAUAGUUUAACAUAUUUACAGUUGUAUCUUUUCAUUUUCAUAGGGUUUAAAUUGAACCAAUGUUUGGUACAUUUAGUUCACAAAUAAUAAUUAAUUUAGAGAUAAAUUAUCAGUGUGUGUGUGGAUGUUUAAAACAAGCAAAAUGUUGGGUAUAGAAUUUUCAUGAAAAGAUUGCUUAAUUUUGAUGAAAAUAGGAUAAAUUUAGAUUGUUGGAUAUCAUCACAGUGUGUUGGUAGUGUUUCUAUGUGUGGGAGUUACUUAGAAGUCAUCACUCUGUAUUGUUAAUGUUGCUAGGUGUAGAUUUUAAAUAGUAUGUAACACUGUAGGUGAAUGUUGUUCUUUUAAUAUUUCAUCCUGAAAUGCUAAAAAUACAAUUCUAUUAACAGAAUCUAUUAUUGCCAGGAUUUUUAUCCUUUAGGUGAUGUGGUUCCUAAAAUGUUUAAAGCAUUGUUUCUCUGAGACAGUAUAGUAUUAGAAAUUAUUUAUAUUUGUUUCUUGAAGGCAGUAUAGUAUUAGAAAUUAUUUAUAUUUGUU